UGUUAGGGGCUCAGUAGCAUUUGUCUCACAUCAGAAUGGAGCUGUAUUCAAGAUCCCUCUGUCAGUUUGGCUUUCUGAUUGUCCUGUUCACACUACUAUCAGUGAGACAGUCUGGCAGCACAUUUGUCCCAGGUCGAUGUUUAUGUCCAAAAACCCAACCAGGUGUCAGAGGCCCCCUUAAAGAGCUCUCUGUCUACCCCAGGAGCCCAAGCUGUGAUAAGAUAACAGUCAUCGUGACGAUGAAGAGAAAUAAUGCACCAGUGUGUCUAAGUCCAGAAGGUCAGAUGGGCAAACAGCUGAUUCGAUGUUGGAAUAGAGCCCAUAAGCUUGGCCGUAAUGUGAAAGUAUGCCUCCGGAGGAACAGGAGAAGAACAAAAGGUCAUCGCCAGAGAUCACGACAAAGACACCGGGGUCAGAGUCACAGCGGGUCGGCCUCCACAUCCCAGUAAUCAUUGUCCAUAGGAUCAAUUACUGCUGAGGGAGAUUUAUGCUCUGUCUACUUCAAGGACUGAUGGAGAUGUCUAAAGAACGGUUUUCAUGGUCAAAUUUCAGCCUUGUGUUGUUUUCUGCAGUGUCUGAAGACAACGUCAGCUUUUUUUUGUACCAGACUGAUUUCAAUUUAAGCCCUGGAGGCUUAUGAUUUGUACAAAGAUCAUAUAGGGAUGUAAACUGCUGACAUUAUUUUGUAUUUAUUUUAUAUACUUUUGUAUGUUUGUAAUAAAAUUGAGCAAAGCUA